AGGAAAGAGAGAAAAAACAGAGAAAAGAUAAUUGGAAGGAAUGGUACAGGAACGGAGAAUAAUAGCGACGAGCCUGACUAAGGCGGGGCUCGCAUAUACCGCGAAGAGAGGUAAGCGGUUGAAUCGGAUUGGAUUGGGGCGCAACUAGCAAGCAAGCAAGCAAGCAAGCAACCGAGGAAACUGGUUUGGUUUUGUAGGGCUUGCACCACUGCACCUCUCUUUCAGCGAGGCAGUCCAAUUUAUGCAUUACGGCUAUGUAGGCACUACAUGAUAUCAAAACGCUGCGCCCGGGCUUACUUCACACUUACCGUCACCAUCACUGCAAUAUUAUCGGAACUUUCCAAGUGCCUACAACACUAAAUUCACUGCAUUAUCAUUUUCAUUCAACAUUCUCAAGUGUUAAAUGCAAUUUUCAAUAAACGUUAGAACAAACGGCUUAAAUACAACGUGAAAGUGAACAGAAGUUUGUACCAAGUUUGUUCCGGUGUUGAUGUAGGUGGUAUUUGGAAUAUGAAUUCUCUAUCAAUUAAACGCCUGUGACUGUUUUGUGUGGUAUCUGGUGCUUCAUUUUAUAAUUUGUUCAAAAUUAAUACCGUGAAGAUUUCAAAUUUUACACACAGCUAUGGCAGAGGGAAAUGGGGAAAUAAAAAUGGAAGAGAAACAAUCUAAGGAAGAAAUGGAGUAUGUAGAAAGGACAGAAGAUUUUUCAAAGUUGAUUCAGUACGGAUUGGAUGAAAAAGUAGCUGGAAAAUUAGAUGAAAUUUAUAAGACAGGAAAAUUAGCUCACGUGGAUUUGGAUGAAAGAGCAUUAGAUGCGUUAAAGGAAUUUCCAGUUGAUGGUGCAUUAAAUGUACUCACACAAUUUCUUGAAUCUAAUUUAGAGCACGUAUCAAAUAAGUCUGCAUAUCUUUGUGGUGUGAUGAAAACUUAUAGACAAAAAAGUAGAGCUGGACAGGGUACUGGUACCAGUACUACUCCAAAAGCACCAGAUGAGGAUAAAAUAAAGAUGAUUCUUGAACGAACUGGUUAUCCUUUGGAUGUAACAACAGGACAGCGAAAAUAUGGAGGACCUCCUCCAAAUUGGGAAGGUCCUACACCAGGAACUGGUUGCGAGGUAUUUUGUGGAAAAAUUCCAAAGGACAUGUAUGAAGAUGAAUUAAUUCCUUUGUUUGAAAAAUGUGGAAAAAUUUGGGAUUUAAGAUUAAUGAUGGAUCCAAUGGCAGGUUGCAACAGAGGAUAUGCUUUUAUCACUUUUACUAAUAGAGAAGCAGCACAGCAAGCUGUCAGAGAGCUCGAUAAUCACGAAAUAAAACCCGGCAAGAAUCUGAAAGUAAACAUUAGCGUUCCUAAUCUACGACUUUUCGUGGGGAACAUACCAAAGUCAAAAGGCAAAGAGGAGAUCUUGGAGGAAUUUGGUAAAUUAACAGCUGGUCUGACCGAGGUGAUUAUCUACAGUUCUCCGGAUGAUAAGAAGAAAAAUAGAGGUUUUUGCUUCUUAGAAUAUGAAUCUCAUAAAGCUGCUUCCUUAGCCAAACGAAGAUUAAGUACCGGUCGCAUCAAAGUAUGGGGUUGUGAUAUCAUAGUUGAUUGGGCAGAUCCUCAAGAAGAACCUGACGAACAAACAAUGUCUAAAGUACGUGUCUUGUACGUAAAAAACUUGACACAAGAUUGUUCCGAAGAGAAACUAAAGGAAAGCUUCGAACAAUAUGGUAACAUCGAAAGAGUGAAAAAAAUCAAGGAUUAUGCUUUUGUCCAUUUUGAAGAAAGAGAUAAUGCUGUUAAGGCAAUGAACGAAUUAAACGGAAAAGAAAUCGGAGGUUCUCACAUCGAAGUAUCUCUUGCAAAACCACCAUCUGACAAGAAGAAGAAAGAAGAAAUGCUUCGUGCUAGAGAGCGAAGAAUGAUGCAAAUGUUUCAGGGUCGAAGCGGAGGUUCUCCAUCGCAUCCAAGUAUGAUGGGAGGACCAAUGCCAGUUCGCGGACCAGGACAAGGUCCUCGAGGUACUGGCGCAGGUAUGCGAGGACAAAUGGGACGAGGCGACUAUGCUCUCAUGGAAAUAGAUUAUGAUUACGACUAUUACGGUUAUGGGGAUUAUCGAGGUGGCUACAGUGAUCCAUAUUACGAUGACUAUUAUCGAUACGAAGAUUACUAUUUCGAUUACGCGCCGCCUCCGCCACCUGCCAGAGGGAGAGGCAGGCAGCCUCAACCGGCUGGACGUGGCCGUGGAGUAGUGCCGCGUGGCCGAGUCGGUGGCCCCCAAGUCCGUGGGCCAGUCAGGGGGGGACGCAACCCCGCAACUUCAGGGGCUCGUGGGGUCCAGCGGCUGUCCGCUCGUGGGGGGGUCCGCGCCAAGGGAAGUUUACCAGGUGAGGAUGCAGGUAAACGAAAAUUUGACGGGGGUCACCAGAACCAGGGGGAAUCUAAGCGUCGCUUCCAGAGCAACUGGGGAAACCAACCCCUUGCCCAACAACCACUGGGCAAUGCGUACGGAUUGGCGAGUGUGAACGGUGGCAGUGGUGGUGGUGGCGGCGGUGACAUAGGAUUUGGAGGUAGGACCGCCACACUCGGCGGUAUUUCCAGCGAUGAUCACGAAUGGUAUCAAGAUUCCUACCAAUCAUGGAGCUAACUUCUACAAGUCUGUGAGUGAAUACGCACGCACGCACCCAUCUAAGUACGCACGCAAGCACGCACGACGAGAGAAUUUUAACGGACGAGCAAAACAAUGUGUACAACAUAAGUUGAAAGAAUAAUAAAUUGGAGUUGCUGUAAUGGACGAAGAAGGAGACAAAUUGAAAGCAACGAAAGCAAAAGCUAAUUGUGGAAAAAAAAAAGAAAAAAGAAGAAAAAGAAUAGUUUGAAGAAAUGUGGAAAGAUAAGAUGAAAAAUCAACCUAAAAGGGUGUAGGAAACCCACGUAUAAUGCUAUUUAACUCUAUAAAAUUUGGCAAUUGUAAAUGUUUUUAUGCCUAUUUAAUCAUCAGAUGGACGAAUGAACGAACGUGAAAAAGCGCGUGAAGCGUCGUACUGAACGUCACCACCAUCGCUAGCUCUCAUUGUGAUUGAUAUACAGUGACGUAUCACUGGGACUAAUUAUUUUUAAUUAAAAAACCAGAGUGACCACCCAACAACCCAUCCUGUACUGGUACUACAUAUAUAUAUAUACAUAUAUAUGUAUAUAUACAUAUACACACAUGUAUAUGCAUAUAUAUACACGUGUAUAUAUAUAUAUAUAUAUAUAUAUAUAUAUAUAUAUCUAUAUAUAUAUAUACACUAAUCUAAGUACUAUUACAUUGUCACAUCGCUUACUGCCAAGUGAUACAAAGAUCAGCGAUGUUGACGAUUGGGAUUGUGAUGGCUUGUGUUAACUAGACACAAGAGCCAGCGAUUUUAUUAUGCUAUGAUUCGGAUUUUUGUGUGUAUGUGCGAGAACGUGUGUUCGGGUUUGAUAGAUGGACGAAGAGCUUGCAUACGGAAAAGAUGAGAAUACAAUACAAUAGGUAAAGUGAAAGAAGAUAAAUAUGGUGGUGGGACGGGAAAGGAUAAAACAGGAGUAUGCAAGAAAGAAUGAAGAAACAAAAGCGAAAAUGGGAAGGAUAUGAGUGGCGAGGAGAUUAGCAUGAAAGGGUGUGAGAAUGAGCGAACUGGUUUAUGAACGUGAAUGAAAUAUUAAAAAAUUUAUCGAUGUAGCGAUCAAUUUAAAUAGUUUUUUCUUUUCUUCUACAAGACGAAGAAAGAGAAAAUUAUACAUAACAUGUUUUACGAGUGUAUGUUUAUGUGUGCGUGUGGAUAUGAUGCAUGAUAUUGUGCGUGAUAUGCGCGCGAAUGCAUGUGUGUGUGUGUGUAUGUAUGUGUGUGUGUGCGCGCGCGCGCGCGCGUGUACGUAUGGUUGGAUCGCGUGUGCACGUUUAUAUACGUGCAUACGUGUGCAUGUGUGAUGCGUGGAGCGCGCCAAGCGCCGCUAGACCUUCUAUUGUUGGUCUAUAAUGUGUACAGUCAGUGAAACUAUUAUUAUUAUUAUUAAGGGUCAGGCAGGUUUUACAAGGAUAGAAAAGUGAAAUGUUAGAAAUCAACGGUUCUGCGUAAAGAUAUUUCUCAUUUGUUCGAUCAUUAUGAUCAGAGGUUAAGAAUCGAUAUGAGUAUGGAAAGGGUAAAUCAAAAUGAUAAGAAUGAACGAAGGAGAAGAAAAAGGAAAUCUAUUACAAGCAACAAAAUUGGUUAGUACAAAAUUUGUUUGUAUAGAAAAAUUUAUAAUGAGAGCGUCUAAAUUAGAAUUUAUGAAUCUAUCCUUUAGGAUUUUGUUCUUUCACGUCUCUCUCUCUCUCUCUCUCUCUCUCUCUCUCUCUCUCUCUCUCUCUCUCUCUCUCUCUCUCUCUCUCUCUCUCCUCUCUCUCUGUUUUUCUCUCUCAUUUAUAAUGUUAUAUUUUUUGUUUUCUAUUCCAUUUAUUUUUUGUUUUUGUUUUGUGGUUAGAGAAUCAAACAAAGAACCGUUGAAUGCGUACGAACAAACGAAACAAAUAGGAAAAAAGAGUAUAUCUUAUAUGUUUCGUUUGUAUUAAAUUUUACUCUCAAAAUUUUUAUGUUGCGUUAUAUCGCAGAAUUCCUGCCACAUGCAGGGGAGUUUUUUUUUAGAGCGACUGACUACCGAAUUUGAUAAUGAUAGUCACGGAUUGAUUUAGGAUGUGUAAAGUGUACGCAGCGUUUACAAAUGCAUGAAACACAUACAGCACACAUUUUGAGUGUUGACUCGUUGUUAUUGUUAGCCUGUUAGUUAAUUAGUAAGAGUUGCAAAUGCGGGCUAUAGUUGGUCCCUGUCCCUGGAGCCCAGACACCCCCCUGUUCUGGAGAAUAAUUGAAAUGAAAAAUAUAAGCGAAGCCUAAUAGUGUUUUACACAUACCCCCGAAUUGUGACGGAAAAAUAGAUAAAAGAUGAGAAAGAUCAUUUGUAACGAAGUGACUGCAUAUCACCGUAUUGUCUUAUCGUAUAUAGCACCAAUGGAAAAACUAGCAUGUACUUCGGGCUCAUUGGAUAUAAUACAUACAGAAGUAGAUAUGAGAGAAAUGCAAUUCUAUGUGAGAAUAAUAAAAGGAAUGUCAAGGAAUUAAACAACCAGGCAAGAAACAAAAAAAAAAAAAAAUGCCCACUAUUCCUAUCCAUUGAAGGCUUUUGAAUCGGUGAAUUUCUACAAAUAACAAACUAUCUAUGUAUAGUGAUCGGAUCGAUUGUUUUUAAAACUCUCGUAUCGACGAACAUUUUCUUGCACAUUUCAUUCAUAAUUACUUAAGUCCGAUUUUAUUUCGUCAUUUAUACAAAUCUGGUAACGAUGACAUACAGCUAUAAACUAACGAUCGAAGUUCCCUCACUUCUACUUCCUGUCCCCGGUCGUGCGGUUGUGCAAAUGAAAGACGUGAAGAGAAGAGGAAUGAACGAGCGAGCGAUUGUUAUGUAGGCAAGAUAUAAAGAAAGGCAAAGGAGAAAGUAGAAAGAAAGUGCAUGCGUAAGUGAAAAUGGAUGAUAAGAGCGUUUGAGUGGACAAAAAAGAUAGGAAAGAUAGUGAGAGUGAACGAUGAGUUAGCAAAUGAGUGAGUGAUUGAGUGAAUGACUGGGUGAGUGAGCGAGUGAAAGAGAAAAAGAAGGGAAGCGAGAGGAGCCAGCAGUCGGAAAAAUUACUGAUAUUAUCCAUGCCAAUCAACAUUAUUACCUUUCAUUUCUUUAGUACUUUUUCCUCGUAACUCAUUAUUCACUUACCAUAUUUUAUACCUACCUAUUCUACUUAUCUACACACCCUAUUUAUAAAAACAUAAUAUCAAGGAUAUAAUAAUAUUAAUAUUAACGAUAUGAUAAGAAUGAUAUUGCUAAUUAUACUGAGUGGGGUUUUGUAACACAAUAAUGUUUCAAUAUAAAUUCUGGUUUUCCUUCGAAAUUAUAAUAGAGGAAGAUUAUAUACUUAUAUAAGGCAGGCAAAUAGGAAGCAAGUAUGCGAGAAAGAAAGAAAGGGAAGAAAGAAAGAAGAAACGAACGAACGAACGAACGAAAAAAAGAGGAAAGUUCAGCUUGCGGGGGCAAGGAAGCAUAACCUGGCAAAAGCGGAGACAGUUCACGGUGACGAGACUUUAGACUGAUCUAGGUACUAGCGUUACGAUAUUGGCCCUACCCCAGCGUUAAAGGCGCCCCAAUAUGAUAUCACUUAUCCUUUGCUAUUUUAUACAAUUGACCGGUGCGGCAGCUGGGGUGCCUGGGGGUUAUCGGUCGCAUUUAGGAUAAUGCACCACUGUGGCUGACGAUGCUGUAGCCGCGCGCACCCUUUUACCCGGUCAUUGCCCUAAUUUGCGGCACACAUCCUUGGGAACUUGACUCUUCUUGGUUGGCCCGUGUCAAGCGGAUGUUGUGUGAUUUUUGGGUCGCUCAAUUUAUGUUAAUAACGACCCAAAGACGUGUUUUUUAAUUAUAUAUAAAUAUAUUAUAUAUUAUAUUCCUGCGGAUAUGCAUUUUGUGACGUGAUGUUAUUUAGCAUUAAUGAGAAAACAACAAAAAAUGAAGAAUUGUACGGAAAGAAAAUGAAAGAAAAAUAUUUAAAAAAAGAAAAAAAACGAAAAAAAUGUACGUAACACUAUUCACACAACCAUAUAUACGGUUUAUGUUUCUCGCGCCACACAUGCCACGUGUCAGCUCCACGACUAAAAGUGAACGACAAAUUUCAAACGACCAAAUUCUUUCAAUGUUGAUAAUUGCGUUUUUAGAUUCUUUUUUUUUUUUAUUAUUAUUCAUCAUCUUCCAAUUGCUUUGCUUUUUUUUUAAUUCCCGCAAUUUGAAAAGUUGUCCCUAAUUUUAGUGUGACGUAGUUGAACGUAAUGAUUAUUGAAUUUAAAAUAAUGUUGAAAUGGUUCCUUUUUCGGGCUAGGAGCUUGAUUUAAAGUGUCAAAGAUUUUUGUGUAUGACCAGAUGUAUUCUACAUGUCUCAAUAAACAGUUGUAUGUGAAUUACCUUUCUUAAAA